CUAACGAAUUUUUACUCAGAGAAAAAACGAAAUAUAUAAAAUAAUCUAGUGGCUGUCAACGAAUAAGCAAACUAGCAAAAUGAAAGCAAUGUCACGUACGCCGUUGCGCGUCCCAAAAACUCCGCGAACGGCGCCGACGCAAACGCACACAGAGAAACGCAAGGAUAGCUCGAGCAAACAGCAGGAUCCGGUCAAUGUGUUCUGUCGAGUGCGUCCCCUUCAGUCCGAUGGCGACUUGACAUGCAUGCGUGUCAAGAACUCGACAACAAUUGCGGUCAAUUCGCAGGAUCAGCUACUGCAUCACAAGCAGACACCUGGCGCCCAGCGUGAAAUGCAGUACAUUUUCAAGCACGUCUUUCAGCCCGAUGUAACGCAGCAGGAUGUCUUUGCUGCGGUGGCGCAGCCACUCGUCGAGAAUCUCAUACGUGGUCGCAAUAGUUUACUCUUCACAUAUGGCGUCACUGGCAGUGGCAAGACUUAUACAAUGACAGGGAAUGCCAGGCAUCGUGGUGUUAUGCCUCGUUGCUUGGAUCUGCUCUUUCGCAGCAUAUCUGAUUAUCAGGCUAAGAAGUUCGUCUUCAAGCCGGAUCGUUUGAAUGGCUUUGAAAUAUUAUCGGAGGAGGAUGCACUGCUCGAGCGCCAGCAUGAGAUGAAUCAACGUUUUGCGGGCGCAGGACGAUUUGCGUUCCGUCGCAAGGACUCCGAUCCGGAGAUAGCAUCACAGGCCUCGGUGGAGCCAACGCCCUUGAACACACUGGACGAGGAUAAUAUGUAUUCGGUGUUCAUUACCUAUGUGGAGAUGUACAACAACAGCGUGUACGAUCUGCUCGAGGAUUCAGGCAUACAGAAGUCCUUGCAGUGUAAAAUCAUACGCGAGGAUGCCAAUCAUCAAAUGUUUGUGCACGGCGUCACUGAGGUAGAGGUUAAGACGGUCGAGGAAGCGCUCGAGGUGUUCCAAAUGGGUCAGAAGCGCAAACGCAUGGGCAACACAAUACUCAAUGCGGAAUCGAGUCGCAGUCAUUCCGUGUUCAAUAUACGACUCGUCCAGGCGCCCACUGAUUGUCAGGGCGAACGUGUGCUGCAGGAUAAGCAGACGAUAACCGUCAGUCAGCUAUCGCUGGUGGAUUUGGCGGGCAGUGAACGCUCCUCGCGCACCAAAAAUACUGGCGUGCGUCUGCGCGAGGCGGGCAACAUCAACAAUUCCCUGAUGACGUUGCGCACCUGUCUGGAAUAUCUGCGCGAGAACCAGCUGACGGCUGGCUGUGGCACGGCGUCCAAGAAGAUACCGUAUCGCGAUUCGAAGAUCACGCACAUGUUCAAGAACUACUUUGAUGGCGAGGGUCAGGUCUCGAUGAUUGUGUGCAUCAAUCCCCGCAUGGAGGAUUACGAUGAGAAUAUGCAAGUGAUGAAGUUUGCCGAGAUGACGCAGGAGGUGCAAAUAGCGCGUGCCACACCCAUGAAACCCGAUCUGGGCUUAACACCCGGUCGUCGCAAGGCUAACAAACUGUUCAAGAUCGCCGUUAACAACCUAAAUGAGCUGGGCAUACCGGAGGCCAAGCACCUGGAUGUGGAUGUGGGUUUGGUCUACAGUUUGGGCCCGGAUUUUCCCAACUAUCAAAUGGACAGUCCCGAGACGGAAUGCAAAAUCCAGGAGCUAAUGCAGUAUCUGGAGCAGCGCAUCGAGAAGCGACGCAAAUUGCGCGCCAACCUGGAACUUAAAAGUGACAAUUUCCGGCAGUUACUCAUGAACAUGGACCGGGACAAUCUACAGCUGCGCACCGAGCUGGCCUCUAUGAAGGCCGUCUACAAGCAGGAGCGCGAAAGGAGUCUCGCAUUGGAGAACAAGGUGCGCAUACACGAGAGCUCCAUCGAUGUGCUUAACAAUACGGUGAGCAAACAGGAGCGCAAAAUUCACGAGCUUACACAGAAGCUGAGCGAGCAGGACUUUAUGCUCAACCAAAAGGAGCAGGAGAAGGAGAAACAGAAGAAGAAGUACAACUCCAAGCUGGCCGUCGAAUCGGAUAAGAAUAAACGUGAAUUCGAUCUAAAGCUGCGCGAGCAACGCGCCAAAAUGCAGGAGCGCAUGCGCAUCAAGGAUGAGAAGCUGCGUCUGGUGUCCAACAUACUGCAGUCGGAGGAUGUGCCCAGUCUGGCGCGCUCCCAAAGCUCCGAGAAUAUACUGAGCGACAAGGAGCGCGGCGCUUUCACUGCACGCACGGAAUCCACGGUGCCGGCAACGACACGAACCGAUAUCUACUGCACACCACGACAUGGCAUGGCUGCUGCCAACAAUCGACAUCGUCGCUCGCGUUCCGCCGGCGACAAGUGGCUGGAGCAUCGAGCCGCCAAUCCUGUGCCACUGGGCACCAUUAUGCAGCCGUAUCUGAAGAAUCGCAAGUCUGUCACCAAAUUGACGGAUAUGAAGGAGCUGACGGGACAUGGCGCCACCAAAUAUUGCCUCGUCUCGCAGGAUGCGGACACCGAUGGCGAUGUGGAGACGAAACUGUACAAGGGCAAUGUGAUACCCACAUGCGGCGGCGGUGCUCAGGUCGUCUUCAACGAUGUCGAAUGCCUCAAGCAAAAGUCACCCGUCCAUUCCCCGACACGCAAGCGUCCCAGCAACGCUAAUCUGUCGGCAUCAGCUUUUGGUGGUCCGCUGCCGACGAGCACGACGGGAUUGACAUCUGUGCAGGAUGUCGCCUCGCGCUGCAAUCUGGGCAUCGAGGGACACAGCAGCAAGAAGUCCAAAAUGUAAAUGAUUUAUGCUUCUACUAUUACAAUUAUUAUUAUUAUUACUAUACCACAAAACACUUUCAGUUAAUUAUGUAUUAUACUCAAACGCAUAACGCAUCUGAUAAGUUGAAUUGCAUAUGAAGUGAUUUAUUUUAAGUUUAUGAACACAAAGAAGUCCAUCAUAUU